AUGAUCUCUUUUCCAUCUGGAGUACCGAUUCAUACGUUCAGGGUAACAACUGAUCCUAGUGAUGGCCACUCUGUAAUAUUGUCUCACAUAGUUGAAGUAACUGACCAUGCUCCCAACUCUGUGGUUGAUCCUUCAAAUAGUACCAAAGGGCAACCCAGUCAUAGUGGUGUGAAGGCCAGAGAAGCUCAUGAUGAUAAUCGGACCAUGGUGCGAAUGAUGUUUAAAACUGCACUAAAAGAGUUUGUGACAAAACAAAUUGAGAAAAGAAGGGACCAAGGCCACACAGCAAAAGAGUUCAGUGAUUUCAUUGUGCAGAAGACCGUUGACAAUAUUUUGCGGUUGGAAAAAAAUAUCCCCAGCACAGAAGAGAGGAUUGGAAAGUACUUGAGCCUCUGCAAGGGAAAAAUAAAAAAACUUAUACAGGAAUACUUUCACAAAUACAAGGGAAAAUCUCUUCAGUGA